AAGUCCAAAGGGCCCUGACACUCACACUUCUUGCAACCCUUUAAAUGAGGCAGCUCUCCCUAGAAAACCCCCUGAGACACAAGUUUGGAAGGUGAGUCAAGCGUAACAGGGAUGUCUUCUCUGAGUCUGACAAACAAGUUAAAGGGCAAAAGCAGUGAGCCGUGGACGCCUGGAGACAGUUUCUUUCUUCCUGAAUCCCCCACAGCGCAGAGACAGACAGGAUCUGCCAGGACGGCGCGCUGGGCGGGGCGGGGACCCGCGCGCCAGGAGCGGGGCGGGCAUCGAGUAGCUGGUUUUGUUGAGGGCUGAGGGACGGCUCAGCAACGCCACGGCCAGCAGCCCUCGCAUCCUUUUCAGCGACAGGUGCUCAAAGCUAAUCAGACAGCGAAAGCAGCAGGAGAGGGAGUCGAGAAAUACUGCAGAGGAGUCCGUGCCAAAGUUGCUCAGGGCCUUCCGCGCAGGUGCCCCGUCGUCGUUGUCAGCACCAUGGACAGCGCCCGCGGCCCGACUCCGGGGCUCUUGGACGCCGCUGGCUUCUGGGAGGUCUGGCAGCGCUUUGACGCGGAUGAAAAAGGUUACAUAGAAGAGAAGGAACUUGAUGCUUUCUUUCUCCACGUGUUGAUGAAACUGGGUACUGAUGACACAGUCGUGGAAGCAACUGUGUACAAGGUGAAACAGCAAUUUAGGACCACCCAAGAUGCCUCUAAAGAUGGUCGUAUUCAGAUGAAAGAGCUUGCUGGUAUGUUCUUAUCUGAGGAUGAAAACUUUCUUCUGUUCUUUCGCCGGGAAACCCCACUGGACAGCAGUGUGGAGUUUAUGCAGAUUUGGCGCAAAUAUGAUGCUGACAGCAGCGGCUUUAUAUCAGCUACUGAGCUCUGCAACUUCCUCCGAGACCUCUUCCUUCACCACAAAAAGGCCAUUUCUGAGGCUAAGCUGGAAGAAUACACUGGCACCAUGAUGAAGAUUUUUGACAGAAAUAAAGAUGGCCGGUUGGAUCUAAAUGACUUAGCCAGGAUUCUGGCUCUUCAGGAAAACUUCCUUCUCCAAUUUAAAAUAGAUGCUUGUUCUACUGAAGAAAGGAAAAGGGACUUUGAGAAAAUCUUUGCCCACUAUGAUGUUAGUAAAACGGGAGCCCUAGAAGGCCCAGAAGUGGAUGGGUUUGUCAAAGACAUGAUGGAGCUUGUCCAGGAAGAAGGUUGGCAAGACGGAACAAUACCUAACAUUAUUGAUAGACUCAAUAAAGGACUGCAUCUAACAUGUGCCUCUCUAAAGAGCUUGCCCUUCGCAUAAAUGUUUCUUUUCACUUUUAAAUUGUAAAAAUGAUACAUGUAUCAUAGAGAAAUCAGAAAACAGAAAACAGAAAAAACCAGAAGCAUAACCUCUAUGUUCUAACAGACUAUGAACUGACUUCUUUCCUAUGUAUGUUUUUAUAUAGUUGAGAUUAUAGUGAAUAAUAGACAUUACAGUAUAAUAGUAUAUAUAAUGUAGAGUACACUAUGAAUAGUCGAUUAUAGAAUAAUAGUAAGGGUCAUUCAGUAACCACAUAAUAUUUCACCUGUGGUUAAAUCAUAAUUUACUUAAACAUUCCCCUACUACUAGUAAUUUAGAUGGUUUCCCAUGUCUGUGAUUCAAAACAAUAAUGUAAUAAUAUCCUUGUGCAAAAAUCUUUUUGUAUGUUUGGCCUCAUCCCAGGAAUAAAAUUUCCAAGUCAAGUGGUUUGCAUGCUUUAAAAUCCCUGGGAUCUAUUGUCAAAUGACAGCAAACAUCUUAAGAAAGAGCAGGUGUGCUUUCCCGUUUCCUUCUUCAAUGUCCCUUCCUCCAACCUGACUUCUCUUCCACUCACUUCCUACCCAGAAAGUUGAUGAUGACUUCAUUCUGACCUUGCUUUGUCUAUCAAGGAAGAUAGCUCUCUGGUAUAUAUAGUAUAUGUUUUCACACUAUUAUGUUAGUAACUUAAUGUGCUGUCAUCUCUUGGGUGAUGAAAAACUUUUAAAAGAGAGGAUAGGUGGCAAGGAGAAGGCAAUGUAAUCCGAAAGAAUGAAUAUCUAACAAAAGAAUGUCUGGGGUAGUGGGAACUGGCGAUGAGAAGAAAGUUGGAAGAUUUAAAAGGUUCUUCCUGGAACUUCUCAAAUUAAAGCACUGCUGGGUACACCACUUUCUAGGGGACUUCCCAGUAUCUGAGCAGACGUUUCCAUUUGCCUGGUAAAGCGAUCUUAAAGGAACAGCAGUGCAAUUUCUUAUUUUCACUUUACAAAGCAAUGUCAGGUAAUAAUUUGUAGACAAGCUGAGGCAUGUUGGUAGCGACCUGGAUGGAUAUCUUAAGCAAUAAUGGUUUAACUUCUGCCUGUCGCCUUGUUUCCAAACACUAGCAUGGCCAAUAAAUAGCAAACUGGAGACAGAAAACAUGUUGUAAUGUUGUGUGAUUAGAGAAUAAGGUUCUGGUUAAUUACGUAUGAGAGAAUGGUUUUUAGUGGACGACAAUAAAAUGCACGUACCAUCAGUGAAACUCUAGUUCAGCUCCUCUAGGGGUCAGAAUGUGGUGCAGUGCCUUGGGGUCAUAAUGACUCCAGGACAGAGAUUUGGGGAGUGCUGGUUAACAGAAGGCUUGGACGUGACAUUUUAUUAUUUUAAGAGAAUUGGAAUGAACAGGAAAGGGUGGAUAUAUGACAAGAGCAGGAAGGCUGCAUUUGAGGACAGUCAUUCACUAAUUUCAUAGCUAGAACUGAGCACCGACUACGGGCAAGAACUGGGAAGAGAAGGCCAGCCCCAAAGGUCCCCUGUUGCCAGGAUGAAAGGGAGACAGAUCAGCAUUUUUCAGUCAAUUUUAUUUCAGAUCCACUCUCACACUGUCCCAGGAGAUGAAUGAGGAAAAAAUUACAUUUUUACAUGAAAGGUUAUGAUA